AUGCGUAUACUAGACGUCUCUAUCUUGUCGUGUCUUCUUGCUACUUCACUUCAACCUGUCCGCACAAACGCUGUCGCAACAGCGCCGUACAACAUAACCGCCCAGACUCUUCAUAACGAUGAUAACCACAAAGGUGAUCAAAACCAUCGCCAACCGAAGGCGCAUGAAACUCAAGUACCAGAAUUUCGAAAGAACGCGAUUGAUGGUGAAGAGAGGGUCGCGGGAAGUAAACCGCGGGAAAUCCUAAGCAUAGGGAAGAAGUAUCUUGUUCCAGCGUCCAAGUCAAUGAAAGUUGAGCGCAAGUCGCCUCAAGUUCCUAUUCACAAGGACAUCCAAGUCAUUAUUAAUGCUAUCAAUGCAUCAAGACAACGCCAAUCUCUCGGUCAGCCUGGACACGAUGGAAUCGAAGCUCUUAAUUUCUUGAAACUCUGGAAAGAACUUAACUAUUCGCCGAUUCGGGUGGAGUUCGCACUACGAGUAGCUAAAUUCCAGUCGAAUGAGAUAAACAAGCUCUUGAGAAUUUAUGAAAAGAUGUUGGUUGUGCAAGUUUCGCUUCCAAACGUCGAUACGGCUUAUCUUCCGCCCAGCUUUAUCAUCGAAGAAGAUGUUGCUGCAAUCAAAUCACUCCGCACACUUAAAAUUCGCUCUCCGGAUGGUGACCAAGUGAUGCGCCUUGAUUCGCCUGACCUCGAACAACAAUGGAAACAUGUUUUGACGAACUGGAAAAUGCGCAACUACUCCAUCAAGCGUCUACAACAAACCCUUGAAGCUGCUGGGUUGAAUAAGAUCGAAAUUUUAAAGGCUGUCAACAUUUACCUAAGUCUAGAGGAGAACGUGAGCGCAGGAGUGAAGGUGAGUUCAUCACAUCCACCAAACACCUACAAGGGUCAGAUUUCGAGUGUUAUCACGGACGCCGACAUUAGUAUCGCUGAUAAACUCGUUCAGAUUGGAAAAAGUUCCACACUGCCUUCCAAGCUAGAUCGCACCAAAAAGGACUGGAUGGAAGUGAUGACUAGCUGGGCUCUUCGGGGCAUAUCACGAAAACAGAUCGCUUAUACACUUCGUCGUGCUGGGUUACAAGAAGAUGAACUGUCGAGUGUAAUUUCCAGUUACGACAUCGUAGUCUACGCCAAAACAGCCGUUUUGCAGUUUCCCGAACUUUCAGUUUUUGACCAAAUCAAUUCCGCUUAUCAACUAUUUAAACGAUAUCCAAAACUAAAGUUGGAUCGAGAAUUACCAGAUUCGAUCCCGAACAGCUUGUUACAGCUCCUAAAAGAUUGGGAUUCGCUUGAAAUUCCUCGCAUUCAGAUGGCAACAAUUCUCGAGUACGCAGGAUUCGAGACUUCGCAAGUGAGGCGUAUUCUUUCAGCUUAUUCAGAUCAAGUAAAAGUUUAA